AUGAACCUUCUCUGGGAUUUCCUCAAGAACAUGUUGAGGUGGCGACACGAGAAUCGCGACCUCGUCACCACCUCCAUCAUGUCCUGCCUCGUCAAAACCCUAGGCGAUGAAGGCCUAGCGAACUUGCCUCGUCAAAAGCCUAGGCAACGAAGGCCUAGCGAACCAAGCCCUCUCCGCCUUCUACAAGCUCUCUGCAGAGUCAAUUUCUUCAAAAGGGCAAAAUCCAUCUUCGAGCAGAUGAAGCUGCCCGGAUUUAGAUGCCCGCCGGACAUCUUCACCUACACGAUCCUUAUCAGCUCCUACUGCCGCCACGCGCUGGCCACCGCCUCCCGGAAAGCCAUCCGGCGGCGGGUUUGGGAGGCAAACCAUCUAUUUCGGCUUAUGCUUUUCCGGGGAUUCUCGCCGGACGUGGUGACCUAUAAUUGCUUGAUCAACGAGUGUUGUAAGACGAACAGGUAUUUUAGUGUUGUGAAUGAGGUUGACCGGGCAAAUGAGAUGUUGAGGAUGAUGAAGGACAGGAAUCAUGGGGUACCGAGUUCGAGCUCGUACUCGCCGAUUAUUCAUGGUUUGUGUGAGGUCGGGAGGGUGGAGGAGGCGGUGGGUUUUCUGGCGGAGUUGGUGGAGGGAGGUUCGGUUCCGAGAGAGUAUACGUAUGAGUUGGUUCGUGGGGUUUUGGAGGCAGAAGGGAAAAUGGGUUUGUUGGAUAAAGGGUUGUGUGGGGAGAUUGAAGAUGGUAUUGAGGAGAGGAUUAGAUGUGUGAUGAAGGUGAAAUGUAGUUUGAGGCGGGAAAGGAGUGUAACGGCCGGUGAGGGUUGUGGAUAG